AUGAAAUUCUUUAUUGCGUUUUUGAUGUUAUUAGGUGCUGUGUGGUGUGAACAGUACACCACCAAGUAUGAUAAUAUUAAUGUUGAUGAAAUACUUGCCAGUGAAAGGUUGUUAAAAAAUUAUUUCAACUGUAUUAUGGACAGGGGGGCAUGCACGCCGGAUGCCGAUGAAUUGAAGAGGGUCCUCCCCGAUGCCCUUAAGAGCGACUGCGCCAAAUGCAGCGAAAAGCAGAAGGAAAUGACGAAGAAAGUCAUCCACUUCUUGAGCCACAACAAGCAGCAAAUGUGGAAGGAGCUAACGGCCAAGUAUGACCCUGAUGGCAUCUAUUUCGAGAAAUACAAGGAUAAAUUUGAUUCAUAA